AUGGCGGAGGAACCAUCUGCCAAGCAUCAUCAUGGCAAGACGUCCGACCAGAGCAGCAACCUCGAUGACGUUCAUGUCCCCGGUGAGAAGCACGAGUACACCCGAACCCUCACAGGGGUUGAGCUCCACGGCAAGGAGAUGCUGGAGAUCGUCUACACCAGCAAACCAGACAAGGUCGAUAAGAUGAUCAACAGGCUCUGGAAGAAGGCUGGCCGCUUGUAUCCUAGGUCCGUGGGCGUUGAUGUGGAGUGUACCAGGGAAGACAAACCUCCACAGAGAGCAGCAGUUCUGCAGUUGUGCGUGGAGGAACUCUGCCUGGUGUACCACAUCGCAGCGGCCACAAAAUGGCCCAAGCGCCUCAACGACAUGGUGAAGCAUGAGAAGUUGUUCACAUUUGCCGGUUUCAGCAUUGAAGGUGACAAAGAGAAGCUGAAGAUGUCUGGUUUGGAGAUCAACCCCAAGAAGUACGUCGACAUUCGGCGCAAUUGGAGAGUUCCAUACACCGGAAAAGAGUACGACUCCUUGGCUGAUGUUGCAGCCAGCGUCAUCUACCCAUUCUACAAAGACAUGAAGAAGAUCGACAUGAAGGACAACCAUAAACUGUGGGGGAUCAGCCCGCUGCCAAGUUACCUCAUCGAGUACGCAGCGAUAGAUGCGUAUGCCACCUGCAGGUCAUGGAAGAUAAUUGACAACACCAAAAUAGGUUGGGAAAUAUCAAAAGAGCAGGAGGCUAACCCCUACUACCAGUGCCACAAUGCGGGAUGA